AUGAGCAACACUGACGAGGAAAAUGAGCUUGAUGGCCAAUGUGACGUUGAUGAAGUGAGUACAGUGCAUUGUAUUACUAAUUUAUGCACCCCACUUCAACCUUAAUACCUUAGUAUCGAUUGGGAUUACAUGUAUUUCGACAUGUAUCGUACUUUGAAAACCUGUUUUGAGUCGGUAACGCUAUAAAAUACCUAAAUACAUUCAUGGAAUCUGAGGAGCCGUGCACCUCAGAUCCUGAUGUCCUUAUCAGUGUCUCCUCUGGAUAAGGCUGUCACCAAGAGCCCGGAGCCGAGGAUUUUCCCUGGCUACUAUGAGUGUGAGCCCCAGCUACUUUCAUAGGAAACAACAGGAAAAUAGAGCCAAAAGUACUUUCUAGUUGCUAAUUGCACAUACCCAGCAACUUGAAAUUUUAGCGACAGCGUAGCGCUGUCUGGGCCUGCCAGUUUUCCAGUUAGCACUGUUACCUUUAGUGAAGGAGGUUACACCCUCUCCCGAUCACAAAGUGAUAAAACUUCUAACAUUUGAUAACUUGUUUCUGCCACUUUGACAUUCUCGCUAAAACUCAUAGUAUAUUGACGACGGCUACCACGUUUUCCACGUUUUCCUGCCAAAAUGACGCUGGUUCAUGCGCAAGCACUAGUUUCUCAUACUCAUUGUCGUACUCAUCUUAGAAUCUAAAGCUCCCUAUUUCUUACUGCAUACUACAAGUCUUGUUAUUUUCCCCUUAGAGAGAUCUCCAGUGGUCACCCUUCAAGGAAUACAAUCACCUUAGUGCACUUGGGAUAAAUCUAGAUCAUGAUGCCGUUAAGUCAGUGAUUGAAGACUCUUUUCCGGCUAUUGAUCAAGAAAAGGGGAAGCAUGUAGAACUUAAAAAAUUUUCUUCGCAAGAACAUGUGCCAGGGUUGUUUUUACUUCUUUACGAUGGUGAAAGUUACUGUAGUGGAAGUACUUCACAUGGAAAUACCUGCAGUCAAACCAUGGCAGCUGAAUGCAUAGCAAAAAGAGAGGUUGCCAUUUACAAAUGGAAAGGACUUCUUCAAAGCUCAUUCCAAACAAAACCUGUUGGACUGAGUGAAUUAAAAUGGAGACAACACUUUUUUGAAGUACUUUCCUUGAUUCCAGUGGAGGAUAAAAAAUUGUUGGUUUCAAACAAGAAACUUUGUUCAGCGCCUGACAUAUUGGGUGGCAAUAGUGUUGGUCAACCUGACCCGAUAUACAGCAACUUUGGAAGGCUUAGGAAUGGCUUUUAUGUUUCUUCAAAGGGUGUGGUGUUUUCUAGUGAAACUGAGGUUAGUAUAAGUUGUUUAUUCAAUAAUCUUUAAACUAGGCUCUGUUUGCACUGUGACAGAAAAAAAGAGUUUGGCAGUUGCAAAAAAACUGAAAAUUUUGUAGUUACCAAGUUUUUGUUUUUGUAACCUUGUUUGCACCCGAGAUACAUGUAUGCAAAAGUUUUUGGGUAACCAAAAACGUUAAUUAAAGGAAAUUGUUGUGUUCUCAAAUCAAGAAACAAAGGAUUUUGUCACCUGACAAAAAUUGUAAGCCUCGAAAUAAUAAUAUGCCUGAUGGCAUCUUUGAAGUUUGGUGACACUUGAGAAAAUUCUGGUACAGUGUAGGUGAAAAACAUUGUUUACACUAGAAAUGGUUUCCCUUUUAAUAGAUUUUUUUGCAAAAUUUUAUGCAGUGUGAACAGGGCCUUAUAGUGUUACCUGUUAUAAUGUGUGGACACCAACAGGACUCUUGCUUGCUAACGCCCACUGCUUGACAUGGGUUCAUGUCAGAUGGGUUUGGGUAAAAGAAAAUUGUGGAAAGAAAAGUUUGUAGCCUGUGAAUACAGCUUCCUCUUGUUGGUGUUUUGUUUCACGAGAGGCAUCAACAUUUGGCUUUAAAAACUAGGAAAUGAGUGCUUCUUGGUAGAAACAUUAUUGUACAUUAAUUCUGUACAUGUGCAUUGGAUCUCUGUUGCCUUGCAUCCUUUGUCUGCCAAUGCAGGCCCGCAGGUCCAGGUUUUUUAACCCAUUCGCUCCUGGAGAUUUUGCCAAAAAGCGCGUUUUGAAGCUAGUCGAGUGGUUUUCUGGUCACUGUCAUGCUAUAAAGAGCUAAAACUUACCACAAAACCGGUUUGCAGGUCGUACACUUGAUGGCCUUCUGAUCCAGAUGCAAAAUAUCAGCUUGCGAAGUUCGGGCAUGCGCAGAAAGCAAAAUUUCAACAUAGUAUUUGGGUUUAAAAGUGCCACAGCAGUCUUGACUUUUACUUUUCGCUUUCUCUCCUCCCCUCUUUUUUCGCUUUUCUUGCCUCAUUUUUUUUUUUCUCUUGCUGGGCAUUUAGUAGGCUUCAUUUUGGUGGGAAUAGUUUUUAGGAAAGCUUUUAGGAUCUUAGGAUUAGGUGAAAGGAAAGGUAGGUGGGCAAUGGAACAAGAUUUUCAUGGAGAUUUUCAGGUCAAUGUUACAUGGUUUUUUGCCUCUUUCUCCGGUGUCCUUGACUGAAUUGUGCUCAUUCUGGUAUGGUUUGAAAGAUUUCUUCACUCUGCACAAGUUAGCGGACAAAGUUGUCCUUGACCGUUAAAACUGAUGACGUCACAAAGGGUAGAAAGGACGUGGAUCCGCAUGGGCGGUUACGGGCGGUUCAGGGGCGAAUGGGUUAAGGAAAGGUGUGAUGUGAGGCAUUUUGAGCAUUUGAAGGCAGAAUGAAAAGAAAUCAGCAACCAAAAGCGAAACGUGGAUAUUCUGCAAAAUUUUUAAACUUGAAAAUUGAUUUUUUGGCAAAGAGACUACUAUGUGUACAUGUAUGUAUUUUAAAAUUAUAUUUUGAGAAUGACAAUGGCAAUAUAAUGUCACUGUUUAAAAAGAAGAAAUAGAAAGAAAGUAUUAAAUCUGAUUAUUCACUAGGGUUUACUGCUGAUCAUCAUGAUCUUUCAGUAGUGUGCCAAACAGCAAACAGAUCGGCAAUUUCUUCCACAAUGAUCAAUGUCUGUUAGAUAGUACAUGCAGGUCAUAUUUCUCUAGUUACGUGAAACCAGUGAAAUGUGACCCAAUGAGAGCACCCCGAUGGGCCACUCCUGCCAGGGAAUCUGCUUCCCAAAGCCCAAUAAUCCCUGACUUUUAGAUUUACUUUCAAGAUUUUUAUAUGAGGAAACUUGGUUCUGAUAAAUGCUGCAGCCAGAAAAUCUUCACUAAUAGCACUUACAGUUUCUGUUUGAGGUAGUUUUCGAACAAAGGGAACUUAUGGAUUGACAAAAUCUGGGGGUGGCCUCUCUUCUUGCUCUCUUGGGCCCAUUUUCUCCCAAACUAUGUUAAAGACUGUUCAACUGUUGAAAAAUUGAGAACAUUAUUUUGCAAUAAUUACAUUGUGGGCACAGUAUUGCUUAUUAAUUCACUGUGUUUUAAAUCGAAAAAGUGAUCCUUUGGAUGGGGAGGUUGUGAGUCCACCCAUUGCACAUAUUGUGGUACAAAGUUUUUAUAACACUAGCAGGACAGUCUCGCAUAUCAAUGACUCCAUAUGAGGAAGUAAAUUUUAAUUGACUUUUUAAAAGACUCAUCAUUGGAACAGGCUCAUACACUUCAGGGUUAUAUGCUUGUGGUUCUGGUGAAGCUUGUUCGCCAAAGAAUACAAAACUCCCUCCUGGGGAAACGUCCUUAGUGGCAAGGAGCAAAGAGAGAUGGCUGUUUUCGCAGGCUAUGAUUGAGGGUGUACACACAAAAGGAAGUUUUCCCUUUUUGUGCAGUUAACCUGCCUUGUUAUUUAGGUGAAACUUGUGUCCUUACUUACAUUUUUUAAUACUUGUGCCAUAAUUUUAAUUUUAAUAACGCUAUGUUCAGUGCAUUGAAUGGUGUAGGGCCCUUCAAUUGCCGUGGAAAUACUUUAAAUAACUAGUUACAACAGUUGUUUCUAUUAGAUAUACUUCCAUUAAAUAAUACAAAUGUAUAUCUACAGUUGCAUAAGAAACCAUUAAUUUUAACAGAUGAUGCAGUUUAAUACAAAAAUGGUUGAAAUGGAUGAAAAGCUUAAGUAUGAACUGAGUGUGAUCCAACACCAACAUAACAAACUUAAGGUAAUUAACUGGAAUGACUAAUGAUAUUAUUAAGAUAUUAUUAUUAUUAUUAUUAUGUGUAACAGGGUUAGAAGUCUACCAUAAUUUAAAAAUAUACCUGUUAAUUUGAAGAAAAAAUGUUUUGAAACCAUGUAGAGGUAUGCAGCGUUUUUGUUCCCCGAGGCAGCAACGAGAAACAAAAUUUGCUAUCAGACAGUAGGAUAAGCCAUCUCACCAGGGUUUAAAAUGCAAAAUUUCAAGGCUCAUUUUCAAGCUCUUUCCAGGAAAGGGCUUCGCCCUUUCAAAAUAUUCUCCUGUUACUUUACACUCUUCUCCUGCUACUGCAAUUCUUAAUGAAACCCCUGAUUACAUGUACAUGUAUGCAGAUCUGUUUAGUCCUGGUUAGAAAAUUGAAGUUUCAUAGCCUCUAUUCCAGCAUUUUCUACAAUGAAAAAAGGUGUGGCCUUUUUAAUGUAUAUUUUUCUCUGGAUCUAAAACAUAAGGUUUACAAAAUGAUGCUUUGGCGUGUGGAAUAAUAAUUAUUAUUGACCCCUGAUUUGCCUGAUUGAAUGACAGAUUUUCCCUUUGAUCAUAAGCUAACAUAGAGCAAAUUGAAAAAUAUUGAUUGGCAAAUCUAUCACUCAAACAAAAGAAAGAUAUACUCCUUCACAUUUGUCUUCAUGUAGUACAAAAAAAUGUACGUAUAGUUAUUGUUCAGGGCUCAGUUGUUCGAAGGCCAAUUAGUGCUUAACCCAGCGUUAAAUUUAACCUGGAUUUCUUUUUCUCUUGUUCAAAAGCAUUUUCUCAGAUAAUUUUCUAUUUUCAAGAGCAUCCAAUCAUCAACUUGAUGACAAAAAGAAUUAAACUGAAUUUACUUUUUAAGCUUUCAUACCUGAAUUCAAAUUUCAAACUAACCCUGGGUUAUCUUAACCCAGCUGUAAACAACCUGACCCAGUGGUAUAAACUUACCUAAAGCUACAUUUAGGCUAUCAAGAAGCACUUUCCACCAGUUUUGUGGAUAAAUUGCCAUAUUCAUUUGUCAUCUCAAUACAUUCUGAUUAUUUUGCACAAUGUGAUUUUUUUAAUUUCAACUCAAAGGGAGAAACAUGUUGUUUAAGUGAUACAGCUAUGAUUAUUAAUGUGACUUGAAAGAAACAAAAACAUUGAAGUGGCUUAAACCUAUGAAAAAUAGCAGGCAUACUCAGUAUUCAUUUUUGAUCUAUUUUACACUGAUUGCAUAGCAUUAAUUUUUAUGCCUGUCUGACACAUUAAAUUUUUAUUGACUUUGUGUAAAUUGAAGUGUCACAUUCUGACAGUUGGUUUAAAUAAUAAAUUUUUAAAAUUAUGCAAAGUAAUAAGUAGGGGUUAUUGUUUUGUGGAAUUUCACAUUUUUUAUUUUUUAGUCAUAAUAACAAUCUAUCAACAGUCAUUGGCUUAAUCUUUGUACACAACAAAAAAUUGCUUCAUGCCUCUAUUAUUUUUAUACAUAUUUUAAGAAUUUUCUUUUUUUAAACUCUUAUCAUACUCUAAUCUGUUUUGAUGAACAAUAACUACAUGCAGAUUUCAUGAAAUUUUUUAACACUUCCUUAUUUUGUUGGUUUGAAUCAAAUAGAAAAAUACUGCUAUUUUGUUGGAGCAUUAUUUUAACAUUAUUCUGACCUGUGAAACCGUUCCAAAAACCUUAUGGUAGAAAUUAUUCUAAAUUUUUUAUGAGAACAUCUUCAAUUUACAUGUAUAAUCAAUGAUAAAAUUAACUGUCAAGAAUUGUCAUUUAAAAAUAAUUUUAUAUCCAUCGUUGUUGGUGUUCCCAUGCAAAUUUGUUAAAAUUAAUGAAACAUGUUGCCUCAAGUCUAUUGGUCUCUUCAGUUUCUAUAAAUAUCCUAAAAGACUUUCCACAAACAUCACAUGAGCUGUUUUGGGUAAACGGCCCCCACUGACAGAUAAGAAAUUUUACUAAGGUUAUAUUGUCCAAAAAGCAAAAGAUAACAGGAAGAGAUCCAUUUUAUCUGACAGAAAUAAUAACAUUGUUUUCUUCACAUAUUGUCAGAUGUUCUCGGUGGUCCAUGACAAACCUUGAAAGCUGUAUAAAGGAGGAAAUUUAAAAUGAGCUAACAGGAAAAAUGGUGUUUGAGUUGGCAUGAGAAGGAAGGAGUAAAUUUUCAUAAAAAUUUAUUUAGAGGUUUGCAAGUUGCUGACAGAAGUACCCAGGAAAAAAUCUUUCACAAAGCAAAAUGUCAUCACUAAUGGUAGGCAUUUAUUAUUACAUGUACAUGUAGUUAUUUGAUUUUUCUUUUCUUUUGAUAUGAAUUUUUUUGUCCUAGCAGAUUACUGUUCCAGCCUCUCAAAUACUCAACAUGGAAAUUUUUUUUCUAUACAAAGCACUGUUUAGAUAGUAGCCAUGUCAAGUAAAUGUUAUUAACUUUCUAGCUGCGUUAGACUGAUGUUGUUAUUUAGAAAAACAAUAAAUAUGGUGAGUUAUCUUUUAAAAUUUAACAUCCACCAGAUAACAUGCAAUCUGAAUUCAGACAGAGGUAAAGCACUUUAUUUUCAUGCUUGUAAAUUGCACUGCAAGGUGAAAGUGAUGAUAGCUUUUUGUAUUGACAAUAGAAAUAACAUCAUUUAUUUAAGAGAGAUAAAUAAUGGUCUUAUUUGUGUUAAACAAAAAUUCUUUUUAUUAAUAACACCAAGAAUAAUAUUUUAUUAAUGUAUGACACUGUUAAAAUUAAAAGUAUAGUUUAUGUCCCUUAACCAUAAGCAGAACUGUCAUUAUUAUAUUGAUUAAGAGGUGGGGGCCGUACUAUGAACAUGACUCCCAUCAAUUUUUGUAUAGGAAAAUGUAAGAAAAUGGAACAAAAUAAUUAAAUCUCUAGCUGUCUGAUUCCCUGCCAACCUUGUUGCAAUUACCCAGUGACUUGAAAUCCUAGUGACAGCCUUGCAUUACAUACAUGUACAUUGUGCUUUAUGAGAAUUAUUGUCAGCAAGGCACAUAGUUAUUUUUUAAUCUUAGUUGUAAUUAUGCUCGGUAAUAUAGCAGAUACUUCUUUUUAACCCAUUCAUUCCUGAGCCACCCAUAACCGCCCUUACGGAUCCACGUCCUUUCUACCACUUGUGACAUCAUCAGUUUUAAUGGUCAAGGACAACUUUGUCUACUAACUCGUGCAGAGUGAAGAGAUCUUUCAAACCAUAGCAAAAAAACAUGUAACAAAAAAUUGACUGGAAAAAUAAUUUCCUUGAAGAUCUUGUUCCACUACCCACCUACCGUUCCUUUCAUCAAAUCCAAAGAUCCUACAUGUAAAAGCUUUCCUAAAAACUUUUCCCACCAAAAUGAAGCCUACUAAAUGCCCAGCAAGAGAAAAAAAAUGAGGCAACAAAAGCAAAAAAAGAGGGGAGGGGAGAAAGCGAAAAGUAAGACUGCUGUGUCACUUUUAAACUCAUAAACUAUCUCAAAAUUUUGCUUUCUGUGCAUGCCCGAACUUCGAAAGCUAAUAUUAUACAUCUGGAUCAGAAGGCCGCCAAGUGUAUGACCUGUAAACAGCUCUUUAUGGCACAACCCAGUGACCAGAAAACCACUCGACUAGCUUCAAAACAGGUUUUCAGCAAAAUCUCUAGGGCGAAUGGGUUAAACUCCACUGAUUGGGCACAUUGUCUACUUAUUGCCACCCUUAUGUGUAUUGUCAACUUCUGUAAAACAACUCUGUGACUGUUAAAUGUUGUGGAAAGUUAGGACAAUAUUGGGUGUCUGUUGCUAGUUUUAACAAGAAUGAAAUAUUGAAUUUUGAAUUCCCCAGCAAAAAUAAAAUAAAAAAACUGGAAACCAAAAGAGACACCAAAAAUGAAAAAACAUUUUUUGGCUUAUAUCCAGGGGGUAAACCAGACUGAAAAAAAGCAUUUCAAAACAAGCAGUGCUGAUCAAAACACUUUUUGAAUUUACUCACUUUUUUUAGCUUUAAAAUGUCAUGAAAAUCAAAUUGAAUUCAAUACAACAAGGUGCAAAGAAAGUCAGUUUUACUGCUUGCCAUUUGGGCUAGCUAUAGCUAGCAUGUACUAGCCCAAAAGUCAUUUUAACUUAGCCCCAAAAAGUUUUUUUGUUGAGCCUGUUUUAUUACACAGUUCUUCUGUAAUCUGAAUUCUUUGAAAAACGUCACUUGUUGAAGUUGAGAACCGAAUUCACUAGCCUGAUAGCAAAAUCCACUAGCCCCAGGCUAUGGGACACUACUUUUUUUGCUCAGUUUACAAGCAAGAGGCGGUCUUAUAAUUGGAUGUAUUUUUUUGUGUAAAAGAAUAAAGUAUACUGUGUAAUCAAGCUUUAUAGUGUAAAUUUUAUGCCCUCCUUUUAUAUUCUUCUGUCUUGUUUUUCUUCCUCAGUUGAUAUUUUGUUCAAAAUGCAAUGUUAUGUUAACCUAGUAAUUGGCAAUAAAUUCCUAAUAUUUUUUCAUGGCAUUCAAAUUUGUUUUGAAUUUUUCAAUUGGGUCAAAAUUGUCAUGGGAACAAGUAUGCAAUCAAGGGUCUCUUGAACUUAGCAAGUUGGCAUAUCUAAUCUCAGCUCUACAAGUCACCAACAGAAAUUAGAAUACUGACAACUCGAACAGCUGUGUACAUACAUAAUCUUUCUGCUUCAUUAUUUUAUACAUUUGAAGAGUUUUUUAAUUUCAUUUAUCUCUGCAGAUUUAUGGUAUGGAUAUUCAUCUCUAUUCAGAGUGAAAAAUUUAUAUAUUUUAAUAAUCCAUUGUCUUAUCCAUUGGUGAAUAGCUUGCCUUUAUAAAUCCUUCUUUCCAUGUACAUAUUGUUGCUUGUUUAUAACAUUCAACUUCAAACCACAUUUCUUAAAGUUGGAUUUUGAUUUGGAUUAUUCCAGAUAUAAUUUAUAGAAUUAGCACAAGUUGGUUGUUUAAUUUUUUUUAGAUUCAACUCAUGGCAGUAACGGGAAUAUUUCUUUUUAUUAUUUUUUCACACAUAAAAUGCAUCCCCUCAGCUAAUCUUGUCUGUAUGUGUAUCUAUAUAACAUACCAUAGACUGAACUAAAUGCUAAUAAUUUAACAUACUGUGUAUUAAGUAUUUUGUUAUUUACACUAGACGAACCAUAAUAGUCUAAGACCAUUUGUUUUUAAACAUUAUUGUCAGUAAUUUUGCCUUCCUUGUUGUCGAAAUUUGAUGAAUAAUGUUCCAAGCUCCCUUCUUUUAACUGUUACUGUGAGUCUUAAAGGCAGUAACAUACAGUUUGCAGGGGUGUAGCCAUUCGUUCGAUUAUUUGUAGGCCUGGCUGACUUUCAUUUCCACAUAUCCUGAAAAUUGCACGCAUGACUAGUCUGACCUCACCAACACUUUUACCUCUCACCCCAAUAAUGCAUAAUUUAAUAUUAUUAUUACUAGUGAUAGAGUGCUCAAACCAAGAAUUUGUAAGCCCAGGCGUACAGGUCUAUGGGCUGGAUAUGCCCGUGGUUUGAAGCACUGCUAAGCAGUAUGACACUGUUAUGUGGUAAUCGAUGGGAUGGGUUCAUUUAAAACAGUUCAAGAUGUACUAGAUGUUUCUUCUGGGGAUGGGGGAAGUGAAAUGCAAAAAAUGGAGAUCCAACUAGUUUACAGGCACUCAAAUGCCUCUAUGGUGUCCUGGUUGGGGUUAAAUUCCAACAAGGUACAUAGCCUUGAAAAAGCAACAUGGAGAUGGAUCAAAAAUGGGACAGCGAUGAGAAAAAUCGCAAAUACAUAACUAAAAUACUGACAGCGACAUGGCCUCAUCUUCAUUACGAGAAAUGACCGAUUUUAAAAUUCAGUAGGGACAUAACAUAUCCCCCUAAAAGGGCCUGUCCGAGGCUUGAGGAUACAUAACUUGUUUUAAUUAUUGAUUUUCCAGAUAGUUGACAAGUACUCCAGGCAAUUAACUUGUCCACAGUCAUUUAGAUGACACACAACCUUGUUUAUAUAAGUCACAACUGAGAGAAAGUAGACCAACUGGCUCAGCAGAGAUCCAGUCAAGCUGAAGGGUGUUAACAAGAAACAAAUCCGGCAAAUGGCCAGGUCACAUGCCUGACAUCAUGCUGGCCAAUCCCCUCUCCCCCCUCACACCCUAAGCUCCCCUUAAGAGUUAAAAGUUGAAUUUAUAUUUUUAGAUUAUCUGGUUUUUCUGUGAAACUCCCAGAACCGUGAACACCAGAAAUAUUUAUGGAAUGUUAUUUAUUGCGAGAAAUAAGCCACUAUGGCGCGAGAUAACUAAACCGCAAACAGCAACGGUAUUUAGUUUGUGGUUUUGAGGUUUGCUUGGGUAUGCUGAACUUUAUUGUGAUAAUUUGGCCAGUACACAAUCAACAUUUUAUUUCCUGAAAUUUGUCAGGUGUUCACAGUUUUCUCAGAUUGACAGUAAGAAUGGGUGAGAAUCCCAGAACUGGCUUUGAAUGUGUUACUCUUUUUAUAGGCCAAAGCCGAGGAAAAGAAGCUGCUGUCUCAGAGGACAGAAAGUCAUGAAGAAUCAGAUCAAGAUGAAGAGCCAAGAGAGAACCUUCAAUUAAAUAAAGAAAGUAAUCCUAAAGAUAAAGCAGAAAGGUAAGAAGUUCAGGUUAACAACCAAAGUUGGAUCCAACUAACAACACACACAACUGAUUAAAUGAUUCCUUGAUGGUGAUACAGUUGAACCUCUCCUUGCAGACACCUCCAUAAUACAAACACCUUUAUUAUAAACAGUUCUCUUGGUCACAAAGAUACCAAACUUUGUACAAUCCCUACCCCCAUUAUACAAACACCCCUUUAUAACAGAUAGUUCUCCUUGUCCUAAAGACAUCAAACUUCCCAAAUUCUCCACCUCAGUACAGACACCUCUGUUUAAUAUGUAGACACUAAUAAUAUAUUGCCUUUGUACCCCCUGCUGCUCUAAGGAGUUUUGACUGUACUUCUUUUGGGUAUUUUUUCUUAUUCGGGUAUCCUGAAAAUCUACCCAAAGGCAUGCACUAUUAGUACUCUCCCCCAAAUAAUCUAGCCUGAGGGAACAGCCAACAUCUCACGACCCCUUCACUCUUUUCCUUGCAAAUGACAUCUGAGAAAUGAGCGCAGUAUUUCCAUACUGAUGACGUGUCACUACCCAGAUCUGCUUCUGAUUGGUCAUGCCACAUGGGAAAUUUGCUUUCACCAAUGAGAAGCAGUACCCAGAUCUGGGUAGUGACACAUCAUCAGUAUGGAAUUUCUGCGCUCAUUUCUCAGACGUCAUUUUGUGGGGAAACCAGUGGUGACAUCGCAAAAUGUCAGCUGUUUUCUCAGGCUACAAAAUAAUCCCAGUUUCACUCCUCUUACCAAACUGGCACCACCACUCAACUUAGCGAUAUCCUCCAUUCUCCCUCACUUUCUCAAAAUAGUGCAGAUGUAACAAGGAAAUGCGUCUCUUUCAUGGAGUGAUUUUUUUAACUUUGUCUGUACUAUUAACCAUAUUUUUAUAUAUAAUAGAAAGAAUGGGGUUUCUUCAUUCUACAAAUUGACUACUCCAGAAAAUACCAUAACAUACCAUAAUGCUCUUUGUUUAUCACCCCAAAAUUUUGCAUAAGCAUUGUUUUCAGUUUCUCUUGGGGCCAUUUUAACUCCCAAGAGAAAUAGAAGACAAUGCUUACGCAGUAUUUUGGGGUGACAAACAAAAAGCAUUAUGGUACGUUAUGGUAUUUUCUGGAGUGGUCAAUUGUGAACUGAGUUCCAGUUACAUUCAAACUGGGAAAAACGGGAACACUAGAAAUUUUUUGGGAAUGUUAUUGUCUUGCAAGAGAAAAGCCAAUCAGGUGUGAGAAAACUAAACCGCAAGCAAGAAUGUUAAUUUAGUUUGUGGUUUUGUGGCCAGUUCACAUAACCUGAUCUUUGCUGUGAUUGGUCAUAACACAAUAAACAUUCCUAAGAUAUUUCAAGUGUUCACGGUUUUCCCGGUCGCACUGCUAAUAUCACUAUGUACUUGCAGGAUUCCUUAAUGUACAAAUAAUGUUAUGUAGUAAACAUAAAUGGGGAAAAAAAACCAAACAAGUGUUUCGCUCAAAAACAAACGAAUAAAAUAGACCCCUCUUUUGGCCAAAAUUUAAAAUAGUGAGGAAAACUUACAGUGUGUAUCACAUGUAUUUUAUGCAGGGUUAUUCCAUCAAGCUUCUCAGUCUCUUGUUUUGUACAUGUAUUUAUGCUAGGAUUCAUCCUCGGAAGGGGCUCGCCUCAACCUUACAGUAAACUUUCACCACCAGCAUUCUAUCGUCCUGACUAGCUGCCCCUGGGUCUCUGAGGAUGGCUAGGAUUCAGUAUUGAUGUGUAAUGACUAAAGAUAUAUAUUCCCUGUGGUUUGUCUCAGAAAAUCUGGUUUAUUCGCAUCACUGACAGCUUCUUUGAGUGCAGCAAAGUCUGGAAUUCAAGGAUUUCUGGAGAAGUAAGUUCAACUUGUACAUCAUCAUGUGGUGGUAGAGAACAAAAUAAACUAGAUAGUCUCAAAGGAAAGCUGAAAGCUCACAACUGUGGUUCCUAUAUUACCCAAUACUUAAGUGUGCUCAUAAUUUUGCUUUAGGGUGUGUGAUAAUCCAUGGACUCUCACACAGGCAAUUAAAGCUAAGAUGUUAUUUUGUGCUGCUCCAAUGUGCCCACUUCCCCCACCCCCUUUCUUACUAAACAUUCUGAUUUCUGUUAAUUUGUCUAGCUUUUCAUUAUUUUAUAUAAUGUUUGAAUAACGUUCACUUGUUUUAAUGAAUUGGCACAACCAUUAAUGCUAGUGGUUUACAUAAAAGACAAACAGUUUUAUCAAUUUGUGAAUCGAUUCUAUAUUUUAUCUCAAAAUGUUGAGUUUGCUUUAACACUUUAGUGUCAAUUUUUGUGGUGUAAUCCGAGUGCAACCGUGAUAAGUAGAUUGCUGCCAAAUUUUCCCUUAAAUGUCAACAUGGGUUUCUAAUACAUAAAUAUCCAUACAAAAUGAUAUUAAUCUCUCCCCAACAAAGAUACUUUGCAGGGGCGGAUCCAGGAUUUUUUUUAGGAGGGGGUGCACUCGUCUCUUGCUCUGCUUCAACACCAAUAAACCGCAUAGUUUUUUUUUUACAGAAUACCAGUUGUAUUAGAAAACCGCAGGUCAUCUCCGGCGGGGGGGGGGUGCGCACCCCCUGCACCCUCCCCCUAGAUCCACCCCUGCUUUGAACCUUGUUAUCAGGAUAGACUCUUAAUAAAUGUCAUCAUUAUCAUUCUUUUGUUUUAGGUCUUCACCAAAACAACAUAGACAUUCACCUCGUCCAGUACCCAUUGGUGAUGAUGAUAGUGAAGAUGAAACAGGAAAGUUGACACAAACACCACACUCAAAAGUUCCAACAGUGGAUGGCAUUGAUAAUCAUGAUGAAUUUACAAGGUACACCCGCUUUAGAAUGAUUCAAUAUUAAAUAGAUUUUCAGCCUGUUUACAGACCCUCUAUUUUCCUUCAAAGUCCACCGAGCGUGUGCAUGAUAAAAAGUAAAAGCAACAGGAGAUUUAUUGACCGCCAGUGCAAGGGGCUAUGAAAAGAAAAAUAAACAAUGUCUGUGUACUGGUUAAUAGAUUUUCCCUGAAUGUGUCAGAAAUAAAGAGAUUUCAAAGUGUAGUUGGCAACCAUACAGUCACCUCUCUACUGAAACAACCUGCCCCCUUCCCUGGGAAGGGGGUACUCAAAAAAAGUUUAUACAGGACGGCUCCGCCCUGAGGUCCAACCCCUUCCCCUUUUUACAUGUAUAUACCAUUUUUGACCGAAAAGGUAACCUUUUAUUGACAAAUUGUACCCCUUUCACGUACUAGUUUAGAACGCUGCAUCCCUUUUAACUUCUGUAAUUGCACCAUCUUUUAAAUAUGUUGAAAUCACUAAACCAGGAAGUUUUCCCGUCUUUUUUCACAGCCAGAAAAUGCACUUAUUUUCUUUUAGGUCCUUUUUAGAGACUACAUUGACAGAUAUCCCUGAUCUUCAUUCUUAAGCGAAUUGCUUACCGUUCAUAUACCUGAAUCCUGAAAACACUGUACACCAUUUGGGCGGAGCCUCCCAGUCUAGGACAUUACAGAGAGUACCACCCCCCCCCCCCCCCCCCCCCCCCCCCCCCCCCCCCCAAACCCUAGAACCCCCCCCCCGGGGGCCCCCACACCCAGGACCCCUCUAAAUUUUAAAAAAUCUCUCUUUUAAAAAAAAAUUUUUUUUUUCCCCCCAAAAAAAAAAAAAAAUAAAAAAAAAAAAAAAAAAAAAUAAAAACCCUUUUAUUAAAAAAAAAUUUUUUGAUUCUUGUCCCUUUUUUUAAUUAAAAAUUCCUGGCCCUUUUUAGGACUACAAUGACAAAAUUCCCCGUCCUUCCUUUCUAACGAGAUUUCCUCACCUUCCAUAACCCUAAACCCGAAAAACCCGUACCCCCUUUGGGGGGGGCCCCCCCCGCCAGGGCAUUACCAGGAGUACCCCCCCCCCCCCCCCCUCCCCAGACCUAGCCCAACCCAUUCAAACUUAGGACAGCACUGCAGUGGAACCUCAAGUCAAGGAACCUCUAUAAUUAUAAUGAAGUCCUCGAUAUAACAAACGAUUUUCUUUACCCCAGUAAAUAAUAAAAUAUACGAAAAAGAACCUCAAUAUAAUGAAACCUCUUUAUAGUGAACAAAUUUUGUCAGACCCUUGGCCCUUCGUUAAAUCAAGGUUCCACAGUAUCUACUGGUUAAAUCACUAUCCCGUAGAUACAUUUUAGCACUAUAUCUACCUUUUGAACUAGUUGGUUUGUAAAAACUUUAAAAAAAUUACCUUGUUUAAUACUUGGUGGCCACUCGUUUUAGCACAUGAACAUGACAGCAGGGAUGUCCCUAAGAGCCGGCAGCCGGCCAAUUUCACCGGCCAAAAAAGACCCAAUCACCUGCUCAAAUUGUCCUAGAAAACAAAGACAUAAAGUAAUUUUGAAAGUUUGGUUGAGUAAAAAAGCUGCUUUGACCAACAAAAAGGCCUGUUUGGCUUUUCCUUAGCUGCAUCCCAGUGACAGUGGAGAUACUAAAAGAAAAUUCUUGUUACAGCUUGAAAAAAUCCCAAAUCAGAUCUAUAUAGCAGGUGUAGAAAAUACAUUUUUGUGAUUUUGUUGCUUUAUUACAUCCCUUCCUCUACACAAAUAGCCACUGUGCUGAACGUCAUUUACAGUAUACAAUGUUUUUGCAUUAUUUUGUUCAGGGAAAUGGAGGCAAAAGGAGGCUUAAUGUAUGAGAGUGCCAACAAGAGUAUUCAGCAUCUGUCCCAUGAUGCCUUGCCACCUCCACUCUCUCUUGAAGUACUCCAAGCUGAGGAUCAACCCAAAGAAUAG